CAAUGAAAUGAACACUGAACCUAGUAUUAGGUUCGACCUUUCAUUGUAGAAAGAGUAUUGCAGGGACUGUACUCAGAGUAUAUUACCCAUAUAUGUUAAAAUAAAUAUAUGUUGAAAAAAAACGUUUGUUUUAUAGUAUACUAAUGAGUAUUAGUUUGAAAUAUGUAAAUGAGGUUUUAUAAACAACAAAUUUCAGGUUGGCAGCUAUAGAAGCGUAUUUCUGAUGUUUGUUCAGCAUGCCAAUAUUAAAAAGUAAAAUAUUCAACAGCAGUUUAAUAGCCUUUGAGAAAGAAAAAAACACCGCUCUACAAAUGGUUAUGUCAUUGAUAUAAGCUGCUUUUAUAUAUUCACUAUGUAUAUUCCUCUGUAUUUAACCAAUAAAUCAAAUACAAUAACAAAAAUUGUUCAUCAGUCAAGAAUACGUUAAAUAUUGUUUGUGUUGUUACGAAAAGUAAACAAUUCUUUUUUUGUGUUGGUAUUUCAGAUUAUAAGUGAAAAUAUUAUAUUUUAUUAUGACCAAAUCUACUGAUUCCGCACACUCGUACAUAUCCGCUGCCUUCUCACCGAACAAUACUGGGAGUGAGCAGAGCUUGAGAGGCUUCGAAUCGGCAGAAACCACAUUGUAUCAUUCACAAAAUGUUUUUCCGUCGACUCCACAAUCCCCGUACUUCUAUCAAUAUUCGUACCAGUCUCAGAUUGUUCCCGGUGCUACAUUCAAUGGACAACGAUUUUCACAUUUGCCUGGCUACGGUAGUUUUCCAGGCGGUUCUUAUGGUGAAUGGUCGCAAACAGGAGCAGGCUUCCUGAAGCAGCACGCCGAGCAAACACAACUAUCAAAACCACUUUGCGAAGAAAACGAUCAAUGUGGGUUUGGUUCACAUGAGCAAAGACAAGCUGAAAGCAUUCAUGACGUCAACAACAAUGACGUCAGUCAUUUACCUAUGUCAACAAAGGACCAUAACGAACACACUCAUCAUAAAACAAGUCACGUACUACCUGGGACUCCGUGGUCUUCCGCCACAGAAACGGCACAUCGUGGUGAAUUUGACGACAACAGCCCACCAAUGACGCAAAAUGAUCAGCACGUGAUGGCUUCAUCACAUCUUACUGAAUCAGAAAGUUAUUCCAAAAGUUCGCCUGACGACCAGUUGAGACGUAGCAUUCCUCCACUUGUACACGAAGUUGAGUAUACUUUGCCUGAGUCGCAGCGCCGCACAGGCUCUGAAGCCUCAAUGAAUACCAGUUACAGCUAUCAAUCAUCAAUGCCUCAUCUCAAUACCUAUCCGUAUUCAUCAUACCAGCACCAUCCGCAUGAAUACUCAAAGUUCGGGUAUGGUUCAAAUACACAACAACCUUAUGGAACAUAUUCUUUACCAGCUGGCGAACGAAAUUACUUUGAAACUACAAAAGCAGAUGUUGAUGCUAAACUACGAAUGUCAGAAUGCCAGAAAACAAGUCCAGUAUCCGUACAGCCUGACUCAACUGCUCAAGGUAAACCAGGAAAAAAGAUUCGAACAUCCUUCACGAAAGAACAAGUUCAACACCUGGAAGAAGAUUUUUUACGAAAUAAUUACUUGACAAGAUUACGUAGAUACGAGCUUUCGAUGAAGUUAAAUUUAACAGAACGACAGAUCAAAGUUUGGUUUCAAAAUCGAAGAAUGAAAUGGAAGCGUCAGAGCGUUGGCGGACAACAUCCAAGUCAAUCUCACCUAUCACCUGAUAAAAUGAGCCCUACGUCAAAUCCAAGAUCAGUUGAAUCUCUCGCCUCUGACGAUACAACAAUGUGCCAAUAUCAGCAACAACCGUUGAUGGAGAAACCAGACUUUUCAAAUGGAUAUUAUAUGCAACAAGAAUAUCGGCCAAUGACAUACAGUGGCCCGCAGCACGGUAUCUUAUCGAAUGAGUUGGACCGUUAUCCUUCUUACAACAUUCACAAAGAAACAGCGACCUUUGCGCCUCCUAAAUUAGAGAGUCGAAUACAAUCAACUGGAGUGUCGGUGAUUUCUUCAACAGAAACAAUACCUGGGCCUAACGUUUUUGAAAGCAGGCAACAAACAAACUCUGAACCCGUGACGUCACCCUGUCACCUAAACGAAAAAAGAGAAGUUUUCGAAGAAAAAGACGAUGAACGAGCUGAAUUUCUCAAUAUUUCCCAAGUUCGCGGUUCCGUGAUUGAUGCAGUUGGGCAAAGUAUCGACUUUAUGGAACGGAUACAAAAUGGCGGAAAAUCAUCAGAACCAACAAUGAGUGACUCCAACGAAAACACACAGGACAAUGACAAACUCGUUGCCGAUAUUAACAAACAAGAGGAGGCUACUGCUGACUGAAUGUGUAUUAUAUAGAACGAAACAUCAGAACGCUGGCCAAUUAUUUAAUGGUUUAAUAUUUACACUCACAAUUGCUGAUAGUAAAUUUAUCCCCUUCCAUAUGGUACAAAUAUUUUAACCAGAGCAUUUUUUGUGAGUUAAAAACUGUUUGUCACCAAUCUUGGUCAUGAUACUUUUAGCUAUACUAUCAACAAAUUUCCUUCGAUGCUUGCUUCAAAGCAGGAGACUCGAAACUUGACUCGUGACCUGGGACUUUAGAGUGGUACAGAGUAGUUUUUUAGGCACGCCUAAUCUCGAUUGCCAUUCACUGAGCUAUAAAUGAGAAAUUUACUCUUUGCUUUAAAUUACAAAAUAUUCUAUAACUACUGAAAAAAUUAAAUACUUUCAAUAAAAGGUAGUUCAGACAUUUAUUACAAGACGAAAAAGUUUCUGGGUGCAAAUAAAUUUGCAUAAUGUCUCAAAUGUUUUUGAUGGAUGUACGGUUCGAUAAAUUCUGAUAAUUGAUCUGGUAUUAGUUUAUUAGUCCCUCUUUGAUCUUCAGCUCAAAAACUAGUUUGCAAAGUGUCAGCGGGCCUGGUUUUAAUUGGGCAUUGAAUUAUUUAGUCGUUUAUUAUAUACUGAUAUUCCAAUAUAUGAAUAGUAUGUGCAAAAUGCAAUGAAAAAUGCAAAUAUUUAUGAAAGUAUUUUAUCGUUCAAUUCACCUUCAUCGUAGGUCAAUUUAGAUUUCCUUGGCAACUUCAGUUCAAUAAAAAUGAGUUUGGUUUGUUUGUACUCGUAUUAUGCGGUAAAUGCGGGAAACGAACUUCUUAUGGUUUUAUUUUUGCGUUUUUAUCUGUAUUUUAUUUCAAAAAGAUAUUGUCCUCAUAAUAAUUAUGCUGUUUAAUGUAUAUAGGCCAAGUUAUUCCACGUACAUUUGAGUAAAAGAAAAAAUCUACCAAAGGUACAUAUACUGCCUUCAUUGUUAAAAGAAAGAUAGCGACUGUGUAUAAUAUUUGUCAAAAAAUUAUAUUUUGUUGCUUUAUUUUGAAUUUUACACGGACUAUAUUUUGGUCAUAAAUCAGAAUAUUCAGACUAUUUGUCUCUAUCUUUAUAUACACGAAGGAGAAUAAUGACGCCCGGCUGUUCUGUAGUCCGUGAUUGUUCAGAAAAAAGUUUAUCCUUUAUCUUACUUUGUGUUCUGGUAUAGAAAUUUCAAUACUAUACGACUGAAUAAAUUUUUAUUAAUAUA